AGCGGCCCUGGCGGAGCACGCCCGUGCCGCCCUCACGGCGCUCUGUCACUCAUUCGAUACGGACGCGUAAAUAAUUCUAGACACGAACUUUGUCCGCACGAAAAUCUUGAUGAAUUAUUAUCCUUGCAACUUUAUCUCGUGUUCUCGUUUGGAUUCAGUACAACAUUUCAUAUCGGUUAUUUUUGUACGUUGUGAUGUGAUGAGACGUGAUUAUUAUUUGAGAUUGAUAUUUUUGUAACUUGAAAAUGUGUAACAAUCCUAAGAAGAGGAGAUAUCCUUCAGCCAAAUAUUACAUACCAUCGAAGCUGUAAACAAGAAAAAUGUCUGGCUCGGAAGCGAACGGUGGUGAUGCGAUUGUGGCAUACUGCGUGCCCGGUGGCCCAAACUUCCAACGAGUCUACGUGAAAGUGCACGGCUAUGUAGCGCUUAUUAUCUGCCUACUAGGCUCCGUCGCCAACUCUGUCAACAUCGCUGUACUUAGUCGCAAGGAAAUGACCUCGACUACUAACUCCAUCCUUACCGCACUCGCCGUCGCAGAUCUUCUGGUCAUGAUAGAUUAUAUACCUCUAGCUCUUCAUGUCUACACGACUAUUGCAGAAGAACUCAAUCGAAAUUCGUACGCAUGGGCAGUUUUCGUAUACUUUCAUUCUAUAUUUAGUCAAACUUUUCACACUAUUUCUAUCUGGCUUACGAUAACAUUAGCAGUUUGGAGAUUCGUUGCUAUUAAAUUCCCCCAGAAAAACAAGACAUUUUGUAACAAAAGAAAUACGAAUAUAGCGAUUGCGGUUGCUUAUGUCGUUUGCCCAAUCGUGUGUCUUCCAAUUUACUUUGCAAUGAAAAUACAGGAAUUACCGAAUAACAAUACUGUCAGAGAUAAUGUGACAAUAAAUGAAACGGACACUGUGAAUGUUUCCGCAGUUGGUGAACCGACGUACGCGAUUUCAAUGACGAAUAAUCAAUAUCUAUUGACCUCUAUAUUUUGGAUUUAUAGUGUUUUCUUAAAAUUAAUACCUUGUGUAGUGCUAUCUAUCUUGAGUGUGUGUCUUAUAUUGAAAAUGAAGUCGAGUGAUAGAAGACGGCAAAAAUUGCUGAAAAAGUCUGCUGUUGCUACUAAUGAGGGAGAAAAGGCUCGUCUCAACGAAGAUGGUGGGAAGCGAGGUGGUCGUACAGAUCGCACUACGCGCAUGUUGGUAGCAUUGCUUGGACUGUUUCUGGCUACAGAAUUACCGCAGGCUUUGUUUGGUCUGCUUACUGCGAUUGCUCCACAUCUGUUUGGGAUAUGCUACUAUGCUUUUGGCGAGGUGAUGGACCUCAUGGCGUUGGUUGGCUCAGCGGUGAACUUCGUGUUGUACUGUAGUAUGAGCCGUCAGUUCCGUUCCACUUUCACUCGGCUUGCUGGGAAGUUGUUACCACCACUGGUCCACCACGAUAGCGAGCGCAUGACCACUACCACAACGGUUAAGGCGUAGCGAUCGCGGUCUGCAGUCAAUACUACUGCACAACUAUAAAAUUGCAAAUAGUGAAGUGAUUCAAUUCAAAUAACAAAAUUCCUUAAUUUAUUGAAAACGUGAAUUGUGAGUUUCGGUCAAAGUUUUUUAAGGAUCUGUAUAUUUAAAGUGUCUUCAUGCGCUCGAAAUUGUUUUAUUUUCAAACAAUUUCGUAGGAAAAGGAAUACGAGGGCGAACUUUAACAAUUGAAGUUUUGUACAAGUGGUACUGAAAUCGAAAGUUAUACUUUGAAAUUGACUUUCAUGAAAUAUAUAUGUAGUAAAUAAAACCUUUAUUACAAGAUGUAAUACAAACAUGUUAUUACUUUACUUAAAUAAAUUACAUGUUUAGAUAUUUAGAAAAAUUAUCAAAUUAUAUGUAGCUUAAAUGUUUUAGCAGUAGUAGUUUAUUCGUAUUGAUAUUCGACUAGUCAGUGUUUUCUAAAUUAUGUUUAUAAGUGAUAAGAAAAUUUAAUAUAAAUAUAUAUGGUGCUUAAUUUUACAACGUAUUUUUAGAAUACUUUGAAUUGUAGGUAAUAUGAAAAACAAGAUAAAUUCUAAAUCAAAGUUACUUAUAUAUAAAACUAAUGGUAUAUAUAAGAAAUUAAUAUUUAAGCUAAAAAUUAUUUUAGCGUGAUGAUAGAGCAAAGUAGCAACAAUAUAGUUUGUGUAAGUACAAGUUU